AUGAAGAAACAAGUUAUUCAAGGCAAAUCCGUUUUGGACACCCUGUUACCGAUUACCGCCAUCACCAAGACAUUGAGCGAAGAAGAUUUUCGUAUUAUCGUCGGUACCUACGAGCGCAUUCUUUACGGCAUCAACGCUUAUUGGGAAAUGGAAGAUUCGGUAAAUAAACGAUGUCUGCGAUUGGAACCUAUUUUCAUCGUGCCUGCACAUACCGGGUUGAUCCGUACGGUGGCUGUGGGUGGACACUUUUUGGCUUCCGGUAGCACGGACGAAAUCAUCCGUCUUUAUGAUGUGAAGAAGAGAAAAGAGUAUGGCUCCCUGGGUGGUCAUCAUCAAGGCGAUAUUACCGAUCUUCAAUUUCAUGGCAAAUACAUGUUUUCAGCCAGCGACGACAAGACUAUUUGCUUGUGGCGUACCAAAGAUUGGGAGUAUCUCAAGACAUUGAAAGGACACAAAGGACGAAUCAACUCAUUAGCCAUUCAUCCUUCGGGCAAAAUCGCACUCUCUGUAUCGAGCGAUAAAACGGUCGUGUUAUGGAAUUUAAUGACAGCUCACAAGGCCAGCACAACGAAACUUGGUCGAGACGAAGGCCAGAUCGUCCUAUGGAAUUCGGCGGGAAAUCAGUAUGCUAUUAUGUUUGAUCGCAAGGUGUGCGUUUACAAUGUUUCGGAUGCUCAAGUGGCAACGACGAUUGAACAACGAUCGAGACUGUUAUGUAUGCGCUAUUAUCAUUCUGCAACCAACGACAAGGAUUAUAUAAUCACAGGUAGCGAAGACAAGAAAAUCCGCAUUUGGGAUGCUUCGUCGGGUACCUGCGUUGCUGAAUUGAGCGGACAUCAAUGGCGGAUCAAGACCAUCGAUGUUAUUGUAUCCAAGCCCGAUGCGCAAGAAGAUCAGGAAAUUGGUGUCUUGAUCUCCGUUUCAUCUGAUGGUGUGAUUAAGACAUGGGAUAUCGAAGGUGCAAUCCAGGCAGAGGAUAAAGACACCAUUGAACCAUUGGGAGAAUACAAUAUCAAAGCUCGUGCAACAUGCUCCACUGUUCACACAGGAUUUGCAAAGAAAGUAGCCGAGAAAUCAGCAAAACAGGAAAAGAAGAACAAGGAGAAGACUACAGAAGAUUAG